AUGUCCACCAAUAAUAAUACUAAUAUAGAAUCAAGCAAUAGAAACGGUAGUGGUAAUGCAUCUAUUUCCGCUGCUGUCAAUGCCACUACUUCUGCCACUACAAGCAACAGUGAUCCAGCUAGCACUAAUUCAAUUACUACAAAUUUAAACACAAGCAAUGUUCCAAGUGUUGCCACAACAAAUGAUCUAGCUUCAAAUGUACUUAAACAACAGCCAUCACAACAGCCUUUCAGAUUGCCUUCAAUUUCUGAUUUGAAUGUAGAAUCAAAUGUUAUGGUUAAUCAACAUCAACAACUACAACACCCUUCUAUCUCUCCUUCGCAAAAUAUGACCUCUAUGAAUACUGGUAUAAUGAAUUCUAAUACCUCUGGUAUAUCAAGGCAUAAUAGUAAUCCAACGCCUAAGUCAAAUCCUUUAAAGGUUUCUAGUUUUGAUAAUCCUUUGCCUCCCUUAUCAAACAAAAGCAUCGGUAUUGUGAACUCAAAUUCGCCGACAAAUUCCCAUGCUACUAUAAAUACAAAUACUAAUAGUACUUCUAAUAUCAAUUCCAUGGUAAAUCCUAAUCCAACUAUACCUUCGGUUGCUGUGAAUUCUGCAUCACCAAUUGUUCAUUCUCAAUCACCAUUAUUAAACCAGCAACCUCAAGAACAGCAACAACAGCAGCAUUUACUUCAAAAUAUGCAACCUCACCAGCAGCAAAAGCAGAAACAACAAAGUCUUCAAAGCAACUCUAAUAAACUUGAUAUGUCUAACAAAGAAAACAAAAAUAUUAAACCAAAUAUGGGUAUGAUUCCUGUUUCCAAUCUUAAUCAAGAAACUGACGCCACCACUGCUACUACUACUGCUAAUACCAUGCCUAAUAACACACAAGACAGUCCAAAGGAAGAUAAUCAAUACAGACCUUUGAAUGUUAAGGAUGCCUUGUCGUAUUUAGAGCAAGUUAAAUUUCAAUUUAAUUCAAGACCAGAUGUUUAUAAUCAUUUCUUGGAUAUAAUGAAAGAUUUUAAAUCUCAAGCAAUUGAUACUCCAGGCGUAAUUGCAAGAGUCUCCUCAUUAUUUCAUGACUAUCCUUCUUUGAUUCAAGGGUUUAACACUUUUUUACCACAAGGUUAUAGAAUUGAAUGUUCUUCAAAUCCAAACUUGCCAAUUACAGUAAUAACGCCAAUGGGCACAACUACCGUUUCAGGAGUUUUAGAGACCUCUGUAACUGAAAAUCAAAACCAUCAACUUCAACACUCUUUACCCCAACCAAGUACUACUGCAUCGGCCAGCAACGUAGAUAGUAAAGUAAGUUCGAUAUCAGGAAUUAUGGGACCAUCAAAUAUUACAGAACAAUCUCAACAGCAGCAGCGACACCAUCCACAACAAUUGAUUAAUGUCAAUGACUCAGCUCCUAUUUCUGGCUCUAUAUCUAGCACAGUUCCAUCAAAUGUAGAACCCACUAAUAUGAAUGCUGCUGCAAAUGCAGCUAUAUCUGCUGCUUCUGCUUUACCAAACACGAAUACUCCAAAAAGCCAAACUACUCCGCCUAUUGCUACAGCUGGUACCGCCACUCAACAAUUUCCCAUGGUGUCUUCUGUUUCGCCACCGCUUCAAGAAUUACCUGAGCAAAGAAGAACUCAAGAUGUAGAAUUCAGUCAAGCUAUAAGUUACGUUAAUAAAAUUAAAAACAGAUUUGCAAACCAGCCUUAUAUUUAUAAACACUUUUUGGAAAUUCUACAAACUUACCAAAGAGAACAAAAGCCAAUUAAUGAAGUGUAUUCACAAGUAACUGUAUUAUUCCAAGAAGCACCAGAUUUAUUAGAAGAUUUUAAAAAAUUCUUGCCAGACUCUUCUGCAAAUAAUAAUGGUUCUAUUGUUACUAGUCAAGAAGAAAAUUUCAUGUAUGCAAAUGGAUUUAACCAACAACAACCACAUCUAACUCCGCAUUCUGAAAUUCAAGCACAAAAUUUACCUCCUCUUGGUAGUUUUUCAACUCAGCCUAAUGGCGUCUUCCCAAAGCAGGAAUCUCAACAAAUUGUACCUACUUCAAGAUUCGAUGCUAAUAAUGAUCAAUUAGCGCAACAACAGCACCGACAUCAACAGCAACAGCAGCAAAUUCCUCAGCAAAGUACUAUGUAUCAAAAUGUCCAUCCUGAAGUUGUCCCAGUAUCUGAUUUGAGGUCACAACCUGAAACAAUGCAUGCUCCAACUCAAGCACAACUGCACGCAGAGGCUCAGGCUCAGGCUCAGGCUCAGGCUCAGGCUCAGGUCCAGGCUCAAGCUCAGGCUCAAGCUCAAGCUCAAGCUCAAGCUCAAGCACAGGCUCAGGCUCAAGCACAAGCGCAGGCACAAGCACAAGCACAAGCACAAGCACAAGCACAAGCACAAGCUGAAGCGGAGUCUCAUCAACAGCAAAUGCAAAUGCAAAUGCAACUUCAAAUGCAAAAUAAUAUCGCGCCAGAUAUAAAUGAUCAUCAACAGCAAGUCAUGUAUGAAGAAAACGCAGUUAGGCCUGAAAUUGACCUAGACCCAAGUUUAGUACCUAUUGUUCCUGAACCAACUCAACCAAUUGAAGAUACAUUACCUUUAGUUGAAGAAACAAAUUUCUUCGAUAAGGUAAAGAAAUAUAUUGGUAAUAAAACUAUAUAUGCUGAAUUUUUGAAGGUCUUAAAUUUGUACUCGGUUGAUCUACUAGAGGUUGAUGAAUUAGUGGAGAAAAUAAAAUAUUAUCUUAACGAUAAUGAAGAAUUAUUCAGCUGGUUUAAGAAUUUUGUCGGAUAUGUUGAAAAGCCAAAACAUAUUGAAAAUAUUGUUCAUGAAAAACAUAAGUUGGAUUUAGAUUUAUGUGAAGCUUGUGGACCAAGUUAUAAAAAACUACCAAAGACAGAUACUCUAAUGCCUUGUUCCGGUAGAGAUGAAAUGUGUUGGGAAAUAUUGAAUGACGAAUGGGUAGGUCAUCCAGUUUGGGCAUCUGAAGAUUCUGGUUUUAUUGCUCAUAGAAAAAUCAAUACGAAGAAACCUUAUUUAAGAUUGAAGAAGAAAGUACAUGAGUAUGAUUUUUAUAUUGAAUCUAAUUUAAGAACUAUUCAAACUUUAGAAACUAUCGCUAGUAAAAUUGCAAAUAUGACUGAAAAUGAAAAGUGUAAUUUUAAAUUGCCUGAUGGAUUAGGUCACACUACUUCCACAAUUUAUAAAAAAGUCAUUAGAAAAGUAUAUGAUAAAGAAAGAGGUUUUGAAAUUAUAGAUGCUUUACAUGAAUAUCCUGCUAUUGCUGUUCCUGUAGUUUUAAAGAGAUUAAAGCAAAAAGAUGAAGAAUGGAGAAGAGCCCAACGUGAAUGGAAUAAAGUUUGGAGAGAGUUGGAACAAAAAGUAUUUUUUAAGUCAUUAGAUCAUUUAGGACUAACAUUUAAGCAAGCGGAUAAAAAAUUAUUAACUACAAAACAAUUAAUAUCGGAAAUUAGUAGCAUUAAGGUCGAUCAAACUCAUAAAAGAAUGCAUUGGCUAACUCCAAAGCCAAAAAGUCAAUUAGACUUCAAUUUGCCGGAUAAAGAUAUCAUAUUUGAUAUAUUGAGUUUUGUAGAAAUAUUUGUCGAGCAUACUUCUACUUAUUCAAAUCCUGAAAAGGAAAGACUGAUAGACUUUAUGAAAUAUUUUACUUCAUUAUUUUUCUCCAUUCCGUUAGAGGAAAUCAAGGAAGCUAUUUCAAAAAGAGAUAUAACUGAAAAAAAUGAUGAAAAACUAGAAGAUAAGCAAAAGAAUGGUGAAGAAAAUUCUAAAAAGAGAACUUCAAGGGAUAUUACUUUGUCAUUAGAAGAUAUUUUACAAAGAACUAAAUACCAGAGAUUAAAAUAUGGUGAUGAUUCUGAUGAAGUUGAUGGUCAUGGUAAUCGUCAUGAUGAUCAAAAACUCUUAGAAGAAGAAGAAUUAUUAAGACAAGAAGCCAAAAAGCCAUGGUUAUUAGGAACUUUGGUUGAAGAAGCUAACGCACAAGGUGAAAUUAUGCAUAGAAAUAUAUUUAAUAUGUUUUCAAAUACAAAUAUGUAUAUCUUUAUUCGUCAUUUAACUACCAUGUAUGAAAGACUUCAUGAAAUAAAACAAAUGAAUGAUAAAGUGUCUAGAGAAAUCAGUGGCAGAAAAAUAUCGAAGUUUGCAAAGGAUUUGAAUCUAAUAUCGACCCAAUUAACUGAGAUGGGUUUAGAUUUUUCAGAAGGUGAUGUAUAUCAGCAAUUAUUAGUUCUUUGUAAGAGACUAAUUUUAGGUGACUUAGAGCAUCAAUGGUUUGAAGAAAGUUUGAGACAAGCUUUUAACAAUAAAGCAUUUAAACUUUAUACCCUGGAUAAAGUAACACAGGCCCUUGUUAAGCACGCUCAUACCAUUAUUUCAGAUUUAAAGACAACAGAAAUAAUGGCAUUGUUUGAAAAAGAUCGAACAAAGAAUAGCACAAGUUCCAAAGACCAAAUUCUUUAUCGUCUUCAAACUCGUGCAAGGAUGACACAUAACGAAAAUAUGUUCCGUAUAGAAUAUAAUAACACUACGAAACAUAUUUGCAUUCAAUACAUUGCAUUAGAUGAUUUAACCGUUAAGGAUGCUAAAACUUUAGAAGAAAAAUGGAAAUACUAUAUAACUUCAUAUGCAUUAUCGCAUCCUACUGAAGGUAUCUUUCAAGAAAAUAUUCAAAUUCCUUUCUUGGAGCGUAUUAUUGAAGAAGAACAAUUAUAUGAAGAUGAAGAAACAGAUGACCAAAAGCAAACGAAGUCCUUAAUGAAGUAUUCACCAGAAGGUAUUUCUGGAUCCACACUAAAAAUUAAAAUCGAUCCUCAGAACUAUUGUUUAAAUAUUGAAGAGGGUUCUUUUGAUAUAUUUUCACGUAAAUCUCUGAAUCAAUUCCCUGUUAAAUUAACACAAGAUAGUAAAUAUGGCACCAUGCCUAAAUUAAAAAAUACGGUUGAAAAGUUCUUGAAUAGCAAGAUGGGUUGGAAAAGGGCAAUAUCUAAAGAUCAAAUGGAAUCUAUUGAAUCCAAAUGGGAUCAUUUGAGUAAUAAUGGUAAUCUAGAAGGCUAUCAAGAAAAGUCUAUCUUGAAGGAUGUAAACGGAACUGAUAUAUCCAAAAUUAGCCCCAUGAAAACAUUUACUGUCACUGAAUCAGCAAAUGGGGUGCCUAAUGAUAAGGCAGAUGGUGAGGAGCGUGGAAAUGAUACUACUGCUGAGGAAGUAGGGAAUGAGUCUACAGUAUGUUAA